AUCUCCUCCAGGGCAAUGAUCUAAUAGGAGUAAAACGGCAUGUUUCAAGAGAAAACGCAACAGAUGAAAACUUGGAUAUUGCUAACAUUUCCUGUUAUCACCACAUCACCAAUACUCUUUUUGAUAAUAUUUUCACAGCUCCAACAAUUACACAGCAAAAUAAUAUUUCUAAAGAAUAUG